AUGUCCCAAAAAUUGGCCAAGAAAUGUUUAAGAACAUAUAUUCAAGGAAAAUUAAACAAAGUUAAGGAAGAAAGUGUGAAGGCACAAUCCAGAUAUAUUUUUGAUACCAUUAUGAAGAAUCCAAAGUUUCAGGAAGCACGCUCAAUUGGGCUCUACAUGAGCAUGCCGCAGGUUGAAGUAGAUACGAUGCCCCUUAUAGAACAUUGCUUUGAAAACGACAAGAAAGUCUAUUUACCCAAAUGUGUAAAUCAAGUGGAAGAAUCACGCAGAUCAAGACAUAUGAAAUUACUAAGCGUUUCAACUAUGGACGAAGUGAGAGCAUUGCAACCAAAAGGGAAGUAUAAUCUCCGAGAACCAGACUCAGGAGAGGAUGUAAUGGAUCAAGGUGGGUUGGACUUCCUUGUUGUCCCGGGCCUAGCGUUUUCUAGGGCAGGAAAAAGGCUUGGUCAUGGUGCUGGUUACUAUGACGAAUUUUUGAAUGCGUACGAAGCCAGAUUCGGUCAGCUUCCGUACUUAGUAGGUUUGAGCUUACAGGAACAGUUGGAAGAAAGCAUACCUACAGAGAGUCAUGAUAAGACACUUGAUAAAGUUAUUGUCGGAGAAGCUGAACAUUAUUAA